AUGGAAAGCAAUUCUGGAAAGAGAGGGACGGAUCACAUUUACAUAGCAAUGGAAGAACCGGUAGGGGAACAAUCUUGGCCCGAUGACCCUGCUACUUCUCUACUUCCUGGAGAUUCACAGAAGUCAGGAAUUCCUGUGAAAUAUCGGCAGGGUAAGAUGUUGGAGAAAAAUGAAAUGAAAAGUGAGUCCGAAACGAAGCGAACAGCAGAAGAACGUCCGCCGGCGAAGACGAAGAGGGUGAAACCUCAGAGCGAUCACGCUCCAAUCCAUCUACCAGACAAAAUCAUACUCCCAUACAUUGAUCCGAAGACGGACGAUGAAUUGUACUGUUGCCUUCAAGCGCUCAAGGACAGACAGUUCCUUGACAAGUCAUGGCGCAGAUAUGGGAAGCCACAGAAUGGCGAAGGGGAAGAGUGGAAAGAAGUACGACAAGCCCAGAGUGAUGAGUGCCGAGCGAUGGAUGCCCAUAAUGAAACGGGGCUGAAAGAGAGGUUCUUUGAUAUUCAAAUUCUUUAUUCUAAAGUGAUUUAUAGUAGUCGUGGUUGGAGAGUGGCUUCAAGAGAUAGCGUCUCAGAAGAUACUGAUAGAUUAAUGUUGCCAAAGGUAGACAUUUCUGGUAUCGAAUUUGGCUUCAGAUGUCUUAUAAUAAUUGCAAAUCAUUUGCAAUUUCCAAUGAUGUGUUUCGUCGCGUUCGCCUUCAGCGAACGCAUCGGAUAUGCCUUUACGAGAGAUUUGGGACCCAAACUCGCGAGGCGUGCACUUAAUCAGAUCAUAUUGUUGCUGCUGCUCACCACAGUUGGUUAUGGUGGGAUCAUGUUCGCUGUUCACCGAUUUGCCAUCCCACCCGAUAUUCAUCUCUCUCGAUCGUAUAUCAAUUAUAUGAUGGCAGUUGAUCUUUAUAGUGACAUUUCUGGAGAAGAUAUGAGUAAUAGGGUUACAGUGCAACAUCAGUCAUACAUAUAUAUCCACUGCUCGUCAGUCGACUCCGGUGAAUCGUCCGCAGUAUUAGGACUGAAAUGUCCAAUUGAUCUGAAUUUUGCCAUGAUCUACUCGUUACUGCGUACGAAGCGAAAUUCUUCUCUUCGUGAAUUUGCUUCAGAAUAUUUUCUGAUGUGUUUCGAUAUCAAACGGAAACAGACCACCAUUUGCAAAAGAUAUUUCGAAUACAUGCAAACAAUCAAUAGAGUAAAUGAGACAGAGUUAGCAGCUUUGCAAUUUUUUGUCGAUGCGCCGUUCACAAUUUGUGACAGCGUUGUUAGGAGGCUGAAAACAGAGGAGCAAGCAAGACGAUGCUCUCAAAAUGAGUCACACCGUUAUGCAUUUCUGAUUAUCCUGUUUUGCAAGGUGAUCGUUGGCUGUUGUCGAAGUUUGGACGAUGAUUUAAAAUGGAUAAUUCAUACCUCAUCAGAUUCUGAGUCAUCAUGGUUAAUGAGCGGUUCACUGGAGCUUCAAUUCGCCGACAAAUUGGCUAUAUUUUUAUGUGCUGCGAUAACUGUGCUGUCCCUGGUUGCCCACUUGCCAGAAGCAGUACGAAAUAUUCUUCGUGAUCGUUAUCUUCGGAAUAAAAUGGGAAGAAUUAUCGAAAAGGAGAAGAAUACAAAGACACCACACAGUAUGAAUCUAUCAAGUAAUCCAUUGGAUGGUUUCUUUAGGGAUGCUAAUUUAUUAUGGUCCAGAUACAAUGACUUCUUCGAGCAGUUCAAGCAACGGGAUAAUUUGAGAACGCUUUGUUUAACUAUUCAUUUCUUGGAUGAAAAUUCAAGAGAUUUGUGUGAAGCGGUGUUGGGCAAUGAUUUCUUCAAAGACUUGCGUGAAUAUUAUCGUGACAUAUAUGAAAAAGCGAGCUCUGAGAGGUUUUACGGAAGAUUGGUUCGCAAAUUAUUGAGAGAUGAACUGGAUACAGUCGAUGUCUUCGGAGAUUUCAAAACCGCCUACAUAAUGCUUACAAUCUUCAAUGAAGAACUGAUACUAUCACGGCGAGAAUCGCAAUCGCGUCCGGAAUGGUGGAGCGAUGACCUAGAAUAUGUGGCGCAUAUGGUGGGUGAUCAAUGUGGAAUUUGA